AUGACGCACCCCCCUCCCCCGAUCCGAUCUGGAUCGGGGGCCGAAUGGCUCCGACCCCGUCGUCGCCCGACGCCGUCAUCGGACCCCGCAGCCGCCCGGAGCCCCACCUCGCCAGACUGCCUCCCCAUCGCUGUCGUCCCCGUGGACCUCCUCAACCCCCACUGCCCCUGUGCCCUGCAACCCCUUGUGAGGCCCCCUCCUUCUCCUCUGCCCCGCUCUACUGCACACGCGCGCCUCGCCCGCACGCUGCGCCUGCACGCAUCGCGCGCUGCGCCCGCGGCUACCGUGCUGCCCCUCCUCCUGCCGCUCGCGCACCGCGCCCGCUCGCGCGAGGCCGCACCCGAGCCUCCCGCGCUCAGUGCUCCGCCGCCCGCACCGCGCACCCUCGCAGCCGCCCGCUUCGCCUCGAACCCACGCGCGCCGCGCCGCCCCGCCUCCCUGCCGCUGGCCCCGCCCCGCUGGCCUCGGCUCCCCGUCGUCCGCUAG